UAUGUUUAAAUUGAUCUGAUUGUCCAGUAGAUUAAAGAUGGUUGUAAUAAUUGGACUCGAGGGAAGCGCGAACAAAAUUGGCAUUGGGAUAAUUCGUGAUGGAGAGGUUUUAUCUAAUCCUCGUCGAACCUAUAUAACUCCACCAGGGCAAGGAUUCCUACCCAGAGAUACGGCUAAACAUCACAGGGAACAGGUUCUUAUUGUUCUCAGGGAGGCGUUGGAUCAAGCUGGACUCAAACCAAACCAAAUUGAUGGAAUCGCAUAUACCAAGGGACCUGGAAUGGGAGCCCCACUGGCUAGUGUAGCUGUGGUAGCUAGAACUAUUUCGAAACUUUGGAACAAACCUAUUCUGGGUGUGAACCACUGUAUCGGGCAUAUAGAGAUGGGAAGGUUAAUAACAGGUGCCGCCAACCCAACUGUACUGUACGUCAGUGGCGGCAAUACGCAGGUUAUUGCGUACGCAGAGAAAAAAUACAGAAUUUUCGGCGAGACGAUUGAUAUAGCGAUCGGUAACUGUUUAGACCGGUUUGCCCGUGUUCUCCAGCUGUCUAAUGAUCCUAGCCCAGGGUAUAAUAUAGAACAGACUGCCAAGGAGGGAAAUAAAUUUCUUCAGCUCCCUUAUGUUGUUAAAGGAAUGGAUGUUUCCUUUUCAGGAAUUCUCAGCUUCCUUGAGGAGAAAGCGGAUAAGCUUGUCGCUAGUGGAGAAUAUACAAAAGGGGAUCUUUGCUUCUCUUUACAGGAAACAAUAUUUGCUAUGCUGAUAGAAACUACAGAGAGAGCUAUGGCUCACUGUGGUUCAAGAGAAGUUUUAAUUGUUGGUGGAGUAGGUUGUAAUCUCAGACUUCAGGAGAUGAUGGGUGUAAUGUGUGAGGAACGAGGAGGUAAACUGUAUGCUACAGAUAUGAGAUUUUGUAUCGACAAUGGAGCUAUGAUUGCCCAGGCUGGUUGGGAGAUGUACAAGGCUGGAGUAAGAACAGACUGGGAGGAAACGGGGAUCACCCAGAGAUACAGGACUGACGAGGUCGAUGUUGUCUGGAGAGAUUGAAGUCAAAUUAUUCUUGUGAUAUUUUUUUUGGAUGCGGAAACGAUUUUAAAACCCACUUUGAGAAUAAGAUGGAUUUAUUUAAUUCAAAUUUGUUUUUCACUUUUUCUUUUACUUCUAGUCUUCUCUUUAACUGAUGAAAAUGUGCAACGAUUUCUUUACAUCGUAAACCUUUCCUUUUUCUUCGUCAUGGCUGUGAUAUUUUUUAUUUUAGAA